GAGCCGUCAGCGGCCGGAGCCACGGGCAGACAUGGCGGGGCAGAUGGCUGUGCUGGGCUCUGCUGUGCUGGCCCUGCUCUUAGCCAGCUACCUGGCACAGCAGUAUCUGCCCAUGCCCACCCCCAGGGUGAUCGGGAUCGACCUCGGCACCACCUACUGCUCCGUCGGCGUCUUCCUGCCCGGGAGCGGGGACGUGAGGGUCAUCGCGGAUGAGCACGGGCACAGCAGCAUCCCCAGCGUCGUCUCCUUCACCGACACCGGCGUGCACGUGGGCUACGAAGGCCUGGAGCUGGCCGACGCCAAUCCUCAGAACACCAUAUAUGAUGCCAAGAGAUUCAUUGGGAAAGUCUUCACUUCGGAAGAGCUGCAGAGUGAAAGCAGCAGGUAUCCCUUUAAGAUUGUCAACAACAAUGGAUUAGCUGAAUUUUCUGUGACAACUAAUGAAACCUUUCACAUCACUCCAGAGCACAUUGGCUCUAAGCUGCUGCUGAAACUGAAGAAAAUGGCAGAAGCUGACCUUGGCAUGUCCAUUUCCAAGGCAGUCAUCUCCGUGCCAGCAGAGUUUGAUGAAAGGCAGCGGAAUUCUACUAUUAAGGCAGCUAACCUUGCAGGGCUCAGCGUUUUGCGAGUAAUCAAUGAGCCCACAGCUGCUGCCAUGGCUUAUGGGCUCCACAAAGCUGAUGUGUUUAAUGUUCUGGUGGUGGAUUUGGGUGGAGGAACUUUGGACGUGUCUCUGUUGAACAAGAUGGGAGGGAUGUUCAUCACACGAGCCAUGGCAGGUAACAACAAACUUGGAGGACAGGAUUUCAAUCAGAGGUUAAUGGUGUAUUUAUAUGAUCAGCUCCAUCAAACAUACGGUUCUCUGCCAACACAAAAAGAGGAGAUUCACCGCCUCAGACAGGCCGUGGAAGCUGUUAAAUUAAACCUGACUGUCCAUGAGGCAGCUACACUGAGGGUGCUGUUAACUCUGCCAGCAAACGAGCUUACAAGAGGACUUGCAAAAAGCCAGGUAAAAACAAACAGUGUGCUAAAGGGCGAAGCCUCACAAAACACAAACGGCCUGGAAAAAACAAAGAGUGUGCUAAAGGGUGAAGCCUCACAAAACACAAACGGCCUGGAAAAUCAUGGAGACACUUCCAAAGUAGAGGACAACUUUGUGGAAGUUGUGUUUGAAACAGAAAUCUCUCGGAAGCUGUUUGAGAUGUUAAAUGAGGACCUUUUUGAGAAGAUUCUUGUGCCCAUUGAAAAAGUGUUGCAGGAAGGGCACCUGCACAAAGCAGAAGUGGAUGAAAUUGUGUUAGUCGGAGGCUCCACACGGAUUCCCAAAAUACGUGAAGUUAUUCGUGACUUCUUUGGAAAGGAACCCAAUACCUCUGUAGAUCCCGACCUGGCCGUUGUGACGGGCGUAGCCAUCCAAGCAGGAAUUCUUGCUGGGUCCUGGCCUCUCCAAGUCAGUGCUAUAGAAAUCCCUAACAAACAUUUACGGAAGACUAAUUUUAACUGAAAAGAAACUCUUCUCAAUUGCAUUCCAGCUCUCCAAAAGGAUCCAUACUUAUCUCACUGGCGAUGGAACCUAAUCUUAGCUUCAUUCUAUUCAAUUUUCUCCUGUUCCCGUUAGGUGUUACUGGACACCUACCUGUGCUAAAGCUUGAUGUUACUUUAAAGGUACAAACGAGUUCUGAAGUGUGCUGUGUUUACUUGGAGAGAGGAUAUUGGAUGAAAAUGCCAGUGAUGACACACCCACAUUUUCUUGCUAAAUUUUAUUAGCAAAUCCUGGAGCGGUGUGUAUUUAAAGUAUAAAGGGAGUGUGACCAAAGGUUUGAGAUGAUGUGGUACUGAGGUAUUCCUGCGUCCAUGUAUUUACUUGAAAGGACUGUGAAGCAGUUAAUGCACAGAGCACUGGCAAUGUUCAGCUUACACUUGUUUAUUAUAUUGAGCCAUUUGAGCAUUUAAGCUUCUUCCCUAAAGGCAUCUUGCAGCUUAAAUGAGACUGAGGCAUUCACUUGAUUCUUCUGCUGUUCAUAACAGCAUAAUGGUAUGCUGAGGCUCUGUGGCAAAUUGUCCCAUGAUUAGGGAACUUUAUUGAAAACGUAGCUCUUGCCAGUGCAGUUUCUUGGUCUCCAAGGGCUUAAUUCCUGACCUGGUGGUGAUGGUUAAACACAGGUGCUGCUGUUUUACCACUGAUGUUCUUCACAGAGAACGAGGGUAUAUUGCCAAAUAUUCAUACCUGCCCCUGCCUUAUUUUAAAACUACAGUGAUUUUAUGUAUCUUGAAGCCACACCUGCCUGUCUUCCCUUGAAUUUGACCAACACAAAUUUCAUCAUUCUGCAUUUACAAGUGUGUGACAUCUUCUCCCUGAAGUACCCCAAGCCAUACUGUCCUCGUGGAGAAAGUAUGGGACAGAAGGGAUGGCCUGGAUGAAAUGUAGUUCGUCUAGCCCUAGUAAAUGAAAAUUCACCCAACUACUUUGCGCUUUUUAGCUCUUAUGUGGUUUAAGUUUUUUUAUAACUCUACUCUAAACUGAACAGAAGUUUUAGCUGUCCUAUUGGGAAAGAAACUGCGUUGUGUGAAACUUGGGGUUUGAGGUGGCACUUCUUAGGACUCUCUUUUAGGCAAAUAGAUCACUGUCUAGGUACCUUGAAAAUGUGUUGUGAGGAGAACAAAGUAACUGAUCUGAAAAAAAACAGAACUGGUGACAGUUCUCUCUCUGGAGGGAUUAAGCAAUAAUCAAGCACCAGCUGAAUUCUAUUAUCUGCUUGGAACUUCCUACCAAAAAAACAUGUCACUCAGCUAAGACUGGUUUUAACAUCCAUCAGCCCAGUCUUCAUCAGGUAAGCUCUAGUAACAGGUGGUUUUAAGGAUGUUCUUGUCUUCUCCAGAAUAAUUUUGUAUUAACCUUGCUAAGAUAAAGAGUGGGGCUUAGAUUUAUUGUUUUAACCUAUGACUAUAUUAAAAUAGGCUUAUUACUCUCCUGGCAGUAGGCCUGAUUUAUGGCACUGCCAUAAAUCAGUUGUGCUGAUUCAGCUGUUUGCAUAGCUAUUGUCUAAAUGCAUCUUUGAAGUAAUCCAAUUAAAAACCUCUUAAAUUCAAUCAGUUGCACACAGCGAUUCCAUCAGCAUUGUUUAACUUGACAGAGGAUUCCCAGAGUACUGCUGACAUCUGCUUAAUUUUCCUGAGUUGAAAACCAGCAUUUUUUUUUUAUUUGAGGGUUCUUUUUUUCCUUUGUGCCUCUUUGAAAGUGACCCCAACUAAGUCUGUAUAGAGCUUCCAGUAAGUAGAACUCCUGCAGUGAAAGAAGUGCCUCUUCAGUGACACCAUGGAUGAAUGCUGUACAGUCCUCAGUUGCUGUUGGGGGCCUUUGCUUUGCAGAUGUAAAUGUGUGUGUUCAACAUCUGUACCAACUCUUUAGAGUCAUUGUGGCCUUUCCUUCUGCCCUGCUGUAAGUUCAUCUCAAAAUCCACUGGAGUUACAGUAGGACUUUGGUCUUCACGUUUUUAAUGCACUGUGUAAAACAAGCAGACCUAUUUGGAAACAGAACCACAUCACAGAGAAGUUAAACUAUUAAAAGCUUUUGCAGUUUUGGGACAAGUUAGGUAGGAGCUGUUAAAACUCUCAAAGCAAAUAAAUGAAGUACUUUUUUCUUUCACAUCCUCCUUCACCCUGGGGGAGUUAAAUCUCCUUCAGUGUUAAUCUGGGAACUGAAAGGGAAGGACAGGUUGUUUACUUGUAAAAAUGAAAUUCACAAAAGGGUAUUUAUUCAGAGAUCUAUACAGGUUGGAUUUUUUAGAAGAGAAAUUACUAUACACUGGAUAUCACAAUGCAUCCUUAUUUAUUACAUUUUCUGAACUAUUUAUUUUGUAUCUUUUAAUACUGUAUUUUGGCACAAACAAUUGAAUUUUAAAGACGAGUCCACUGCACUAGGUGGAUAUUUUCAGGUAUGCACAUGGGCUGCUUACCAGAAGUCUCUCUGUAAAAAAGUUGAUACUUGAAGGCUGAAAUCUUUCUGUAAUCCUUAUGAUUGCCUGUGGUGGUAGGUGUGUAACCAAUUUUUCUAGCUAAGGCUUGUUUGGCGAGUUGAAAUUCUGAAAGCAUCAAGAGGCCUCAACAAUUGUGUGUUCCCUAAUUGUUUCCCAGUGCAGAUGAUGAAAUGCAUUUUAUAAAUAACAUUUUAGAUUUUUUAAUAAAAGCAAUUUCUACCCCUUG